AUGAGGGACGAGGAGCUGUGAUCGUCUGCUCUCCGGCCGGAUCAGUCUCUGUGAAGACAGGGGAGGACGGGGGAGGACAGGGGAGGACGGGGGACACCAUGGCCGAGCCCCUGCUGAAGAGAACAUUCUCCAGACUCAGAGGGAAAGACAGAAGCCACAGGAAGACAAAGUCCAAACUGAGCGUUGAUCCAGAUGAGGUCAUGUCGUCUUACCCUGAUCAGACGUCAUCAUCACCAUCAAUGACAACAACAGUGAGAACAGCGGCACCAUCAGACCCUGACCCUCCUUCACGUAACCACAUCACAGUUGCUAAGAAACAGCACUGGGUAAUCCAGGGGUCUGUCGCUCUGUCCUCAAGCCCCACCCCCAGGUCAUUUCCCUGGCACUGCCCACCAGGGAUAUCCCAAGAUACACCUGGGUGGACCUGCAGCCAAAUGCAGGAUAAGAUUGAGCAGUCCAGCGACAGGAAGUUAAUCUGUCUUGCCUUGGACAUUCCUGUCAGCUCUACAACAGUGUCUCAGGAAGCCUCCCAGUCAACGGGGGGCACCACUGAUGUCCCCACCACCUCCAUCAGCACCAAACGCUCCGGACAACGUGCUUACCUGCAGAGCCUGGAUCGCAGCAGCCGAGCCUGGGUACUGUCUUCGGGAAAGUCCCAGGCUUCAGAGGAUGUUUGUGGCCCUCCGGAGGACAGCGGCAGCAACAUCUGGUACAACCCGAUCCCAGAGGAGGAGGACGCCCCCCUGAGGGAGGCGGGGUUAGGAAGGAGAAGAGAGGAGAGGGAGGGAGAAGGGGAUGCAAUAAAUAGGCUUGGGUCAGAAGAUACUAGAGGAGAGGAAGGAGGGGUCAAGUCGAUGGAGGCUCGUAGCGAUGAACAUCCGCUGGAGGGCGCUAACCCUAGUGUCAGCUACUGCACAGAUGACAUCACAGCAGAACUCACCGACCGCCCCCCCUCUGACUAUAGCCUCUCCUCCCAGAAGAAAGGAGGCGCGCCAGGUAGUGUGAUUGACAGGCUGAAGUCUCCUGGUACAGUGAGGAAACUUUCUCAAAAGAUGAAGAAACUUCCCGAACUACGACGCAAACUCAGCCUCCGCUCGUCAUCUCGAGCUCAACGCCAGGCCGAUGGCAGUAGAGGGGGCGGGGAGGAGUCUGGCAUGAAGAAAGAGACAUCAUUUUCGACGUUGUCCAAUCAGAAUGUGAUCAGCAGAUAUCACCUGGACAGCUCCGCUCCACCCACUCGUCCCCUGCGACAAUCGUUGAGAGGAUGCUCCGUGAGUAGAGGAGGUCAUCUUAGCGAUGGAGAUUCUCCCGAACUGCUGCCACGGCACCAAGGUCCUAAACCUGCAGCUUCUCAGGAAAUGUUGUGCGAUGUGAGUUCGUUCCGGUUGUACCCGGGCUCUGAUCCAGCUCGAUGCAGCCAGAGGGUGACGGGUUUACUGACAGUCCACCUGCUGGGUCUGGAGGAGAUGAAGACCAGGUCGGAGGGCAGUAAGGACGUUUUCCUCGCUAUUCAGGUUGAUGGGGUGACGAGAGCGAGAACCGCCCUCCUAAACCUGCGAAGCUCCGCCCUCUCGUUAAACCACACCUUCCAUCUUGAGCUGGAGCGAGCUCGACAACUACGCAUUGUGGUGCUGACACCAGCCAAUCCCCAGACAGGGGUUGUGUCUAAACCAGGAUCUGAUGUUAAUCAGGCUUCCUGUGGUCCAACCAGGAACAGAGUGUGUGGUCUGGGCGGAGUCUCCAUCCCGGCACUGUUUAAAGGGAGUCGGAGUCAACAGCUGUGUGUGAAACUGGAGCCUCGAGGACUCCUCUUCGUCAAACUGUCUCUGCACGAGAAGUGGGACACACAGGUCAACACUGACACAGCACCUGUUAAUGUAUUUGGGGUGGAACUGCACCAUCUGGUGGAGAAAGAAGGUAGUUCAGCUCCGGUUCCUCUGCUAAUCCAGAAAACAGUGGCAGAGAUCGAACGGCGAGGACUGAAGGUGGUGGGUCUGUACCGACUGUGUGGAUCUGCCGCCGUAAAGAAGGAGCUCAGGGAUUGGUUCGAGAGGAACAGUUCAGCCGUCUGUCUCAGCGAGGACCUCUACCCUGACAUCAAUGUCAUUACAGGUAUUCUGAAGGAUUACCUGCGUGAGUUGCCAUCCCCGCUCAUCACCAGGACUCUGUACCAGGUCGUCAGGGACACGAUGACCCUACGACCCUCACCCACGGCCUCUGACCCCCAGGUGGCCCAGAGCACGGUGGAGUUGCUGUCCUGUCUACUUCCCCCAGAGAGGGCAACUCUGUCACUGCUGCUCGACCAUCUUAGUCUGGUGGCUUCCUUCAGCUCGUCAAACAGGAUGACCCAUCAAAACAUUGCUGUUUGCUUCGGCCCAGUGCUCCUCACCCCGACCCAAGAGGCCUGGAGGGGAGGAGGAGGAGGAGGAGGGAGGGCAGCAAGGGGGAAAGGGUUCUGUGAAGAGAUGGCGAGUGCGGUGGAUUUUAAACGACACAUCGAGGCAUUGCAUUACCUGCUGCAGCAGUGGCCAGUGCCAGUACGUGACCACACCCGCGACUCCCCUCCUCCCUCACCCACCCUUCCCCAUCCUCCCCCCAACCCGCAGCAGCGGCAUCCUGUGCUGCGAUUAGCUCUGCCUCAGAAUCCUGAGGGGGAGGUGGUUGUGUCACGGCGGGGCAGAGUUGGUCAGUCCCGACUGGAGAGUCCACCACCGGUCAACCGCUACGCUGGAGACUGGAGUGUGUGUGGUCAAGACCUCCUGUCGGCUCAGGAGGCGGACUACGACGAAGUAGCAGGAAGUGACAGUGACAGAGACAGCAUCGAUGAGGAAGUGGAAAAGAAGAAGGCCGUGUGGUCUUCUUCUGGAGCAGGUCUGUACGUUGAUGACUUCCUGGACUUUGAUGCUCCGUUCAACUGUCGACUCAGCCUGAAGGACUUCGACAAUCUGAUCCACGACCUUGACCGAGAGCUCGCCAAACACAUUAACAUCUGUCUUUAGAGGACGAGGAAGAGGAGGCGAUGACCUCUGACCUUCAGUAACUGAAACAAACUGAAGAAAAGUCUCUGAUGUUAAGAUUUGUUUUUAUUUUUAUAAUCAUAUAUGUAACUGUCAUCAUGACGAUGGGUAGUCAGCUUCUGUCUUUGCCAAAAAAACAACAAACCAGAAUAAUUUAUUUUGUGAUAUGAAGGAACGAAGAUGCUGCUGGUUCUUGUGUUGUCAUCGUGUUCCUUCACUUCCUGUCCCAGCCAUGUUCUGAAGACACUGUUCAGUGUUGCUGUUAUUGUUGCUGUUGUGGAUAUCAGGGUCAUCAAUCACACUAGCUGACGAUGGAUCACCGUUUGCACUCCAGCCAUAAGAAGCCAUAUCUUAACUUGUUGAGGCUUUUUGUUAAAGUAAAGCAGCUCUGCUGCCUCAGCCAAUCAGAGCUCUGAGUUGUUUAUCUCGUUCACACAUGUUAUUAUAUUGUGGUCACGUGAUAUAUUUUUACCAAAUGUCACCAGGGGGCACUGUAACUUUCCCAUUGACACAAUCCCAGAUGUUUUAGCAGCUGUCACUGUUUAUUUUAUUUGUGAUGUUUGUUCUCCUCUGAUUUUUUAUUAUACAACAGUUUGAUCCUCAGCUCUGCUGUCAGUCAAACUGUCCAUGUCUGUGAAUGGUCAUAUGCAGUAAACUCCGCCCCUUUCAUUUGCACACACUCAGAUCUUAAUGACAAAAACCUGAGUUAACGUAACGAGUUGAUAACCAGCGUCAUUUGACCAAUUAGUCUGACUGUGAUAAGUUCAGCUGGAUAACUGAACGAUAUCCUGGAUAUGUUGAACUGCAGCGUCCUCCUUAGGUCACACCUGGACCUGCAGCGCCCCCUAUCUGUGUAGCAGCUCAUAUUUUAGCGGUACAGAGUUUACGCUCACUGUGUCACUGUAGUUUUCAACAGUAUUAAAUUGUUUUGCACAUACUUCAACAAGCACUUACAUUUUUUAUCGAUGAUGUUUCUAUGCAGACGAUGUAACAAUGUUUCUAUGAUGAUGUAACCAAAGUGUUGAAGCACAAUUCCUGUCGGAACAAACUGAACUUUUUAUCCUGAACAAUUCCUUAUUAAACACUUUAUUAUUAUCA